AUGAAAGUCAAGGCUGAUAGAGAUGAGUCUUCUCCUUAUGCCGCUAUGUUGGCAGCUCAAGAUGUUGCUCAGAAAUGUAAAGAAGUUGGUAUCACCGCUGUUCACGUUAAAAUGAGAGCUACUGGUGGUACUAAGACCAAGACUCCAGGUCCAGGUGGUCAAUCUGCCUUGAGAGCUUUGGCUAGAUCCGGUUUAAGAAUCGGUAGAAUUGAAGAUGUCACCCCAGUUCCAUCUGAUUCCACAAGAAGAAAGGGUGGUAGAAGAGGUAGAAGAUUGUGA